CACGUCACAUAACUAAGCUCUUAGCAAAGGUAGCUUUGACUGCGAUAUUCGUUCCUUCGUGAGUGCCAUUAGACGGCUAACCUCGGCAAACUUGUGUCCUCCUGUCCUCCUGUCCUCCUUUCGAGAAAUGACCGGCCUCAAGCUUGGGCUGAAUGUUCAGAAGAAAGGACAACAGCUAGCCAAAUCCAAGGCCGUUUUCCUUGCGGACGACGACUCGGAAGAAGAACGCCCUGCGCCCCCGAAAAAGUCCAACCUCACUGCCCCCAAACGGACCGACUUUAGGAAGAAGAUUGAGAAGGAGGAAAUCGACCCAUCCAUAUACGAUUACGACGCCGCCUACGAUGCGAUUCAUGCCAAAACAUCUGCAAAGAAUGCCGCCGCCCGAGAGCAUGCAGAACAGCGCAACCCGAAGUAUGUCGAAGGUCUCUUGGCAUCCGCCGAGGUUCGAAAGCGGGACCAACUACGUGCCCGAGACAAAAUGCUGCAGAAGGAACGUGAGGCUGAAGGGGAAGAGUUCGCCGAUAAAGAGAAGUUUGUGACCAGCGCAUACAAAGAACAGCAAGAAGAGUUGCGGCGGCUGGAAGUAGAGGAGAAAAUAAAGGAAGAAUCGGAAGCCCAGAAACGUAGAGAAUCGGGAAUGCAAGGCUUCUACCGGACUAUGAUGGAUCGGGAUGAGCAAAGACACCAGGAAGCAGUUGAAGCUGCAGCAAAUGCAUCGAAGCCGAGCGAGAUUGGAGAGCCUGUCAGAGAUAUUAAUGACAAGACCGAGAAAUCUGAGGCCGACAUUGCGCGUGACCUAAACGCGAAGGGUGCUCGCAUCAUCCUGAACGAAGAAGGCCAGGUUGCAGACAAGCGUCAAUUACUAUCUGCAGGUCUGAACGUGGCACCCAAGCCGAAGUCUGCUACUACGGCAGGCUCUCAGACAGGAAGGGGACAAUAUUCAAGGGCACCUGCUACGUCAUUCGGUCGAAAUGACAAUCGUAAGGGUGUUCGGGAGCGCCAGUCGCAAAUGCUGGAAGAGCAACUCGAACAAGCCACCAAGCGAGCUGCGGAUGAGGAGGCAGAAGAGCGUCGAAAGCAAGAACAUGCUGCAAAGAGCAGGAAAACUACAUCCGAUGUAUCGAGUGCAAAGGAGAGGUACCUUCAACGGAAGCGAGAGGCAGCAGCAGCAGCAGCAGCUAGUAAUGGCACUAAAACUUAAUGCUCACCCCUCGCACGAUUUCCUUAUCUCGCGACCUGCUUCUGGGGCAAGUUGAGUGAAUAAUCUUCGUUGACUACGGAUAUUCACAUUAUGGUUGUUCGUUGCCUAACCAGGGCAUAUUUGGUGAUAUGCCUGACUAUAGGCUCAUGCAUGAGUACUGAGGUAAAGAAAAGUCAUGGGGACCUCAAUAUUUUGCUUUCGAUCAACACCUGCCGAGUACUUUUGUACAGCAACACCGAUUCAUGUGGUAUUUCAUUCAUGAUUUGCGAACUUUCCGGAAACACCACAAUCUGUGUUGCGAGCCUUCAAUAAAUCAACCCAGAAAGUGACGAGACGUUGCGGGUCCCACUCUGUUUGCUUGUU